AUAUCAACCCGGUUGAUCAUCUUCCUGAUGCUAGCGGCAGGAACCGGACUCGAACCAGGCGCAGUGACAGCCAUUACCAUCACAACGACGGACGCCAUGCUGGAAUCUACACAGACUACUAUCACGGCAGACAUGAUGCCCAGCCUGGGCGAGGAAUCUCCAGUCAGUGAAAAAUCCGAUCUCACCGAAGCGGAAACCAAAGAUCCCAAGAAGCUGGAAAUCAUCAAGCAGAUUCGGAAGAUCAAUACCGAUGGUUCGUACACGGUCGGGUACGAGGCGGAAGAUGGAACGUUCAAGAUUGAGAGUAGGGAUGUCCUGGGCAACGUCAAGGGAACUUACGGGUACAUUGAUGAAAAUGGAGAAAUUCAAAGGGUUUCGUAUAAUGCUCACAACAAUACUGGGAUCAAACCAGCACCACCUCCACAGGUAACGGAGGAUAUCGUUCACAUACCACCGAGAUUCAAUCGAAGUCAUAUUGGAGCACCAACGACGAGGAGGCCUCCGUCGUAUCAUUCGAGUACUUCUGCUCCACAGCGAACCAGUGUGAUCCAAACGAUUCCACGGAAGCGACCACACAUGACUUCAACGACAGAAAGACCUUCAUCACGUAUGGCAGAUACCACCACUUCAUAUGAACCAACAACUGCAUCUAGUCAUAGCACUUCAGUUCAUACUGCCAAACCGUUGCUGAUAAUACGACCCACCCCAUUGCCACUUAGUGCAAAAACCAUUGAACAAUUAGCUAGACCUGAUAAGCUGGAAAGUGAACACAUUUCUAAGAUUUACCCAAAGGCUUCACCGUUGAGGCAGAAGGAACCGGAAAAGAAGCCUGUGAGAGGUAACUUCCUCAGACGACAGCUGCCGCAGGAGUCUGAAGAACAGUUUGAAGCUCAGCAGCAAGUCGUUUAUGGACAAUCAGCGGGUGAAGAGAUUGCCAAUCUAUUCUCGGCUACGCCUCCAGGAUUGCGUCCAAUUUAUACGACCACACCAAAUCCCAGAAUUCCAGCAGCAGUGUUGGCAGCUCGUCAAAGGGCAGCUCAAAUUCAGAAUUUGAUCACAAGUGAAAGACCGUCUACCACGACAGAACGAGUGUACGCCAAGCCUCCUCGUAAACAGGAGCCAGCUCCCGUUAUGUAUGAACCGGCUACAGAGCCUUCGUCAGAAACCAGCUAUGUUACGGACAUGCCAGUCUCGGUAGUUCAAAUCCCAGCAAAUUCAAACCGUGAAGUUGCGGAAGCUGCAGAAGACGAGCGAAGAAUCUACCGACAAAGGCCAAUAGAAUUCCGACCACGAGAAGGGUACCGAUUCGUCCCGGCUCAAGAUCGACCGGAGCGGUUCCGCGUGCCUCUUGGUAUACCACCACAAUCACGGGCUUUUCCAAUCCCUGAGCAACAACAAGAGUACUUGAGACAACCCACGCAAAUCCCUGGUCGAGGAGCUCCAAUCGCUCCAGAGAACUACCCAGUAGAAGAUGAGAUCAACAACGUUGCAUAUCGUCAGCAACGGCGACCUCAAGGUGCGCCUCCUGCACCGUACCCUCAAACUCAGCAGGAAGCACCCGUCAGCAGUGUACCCAACGGCCAUAGUUAUCCCCAACAAUCCUACCCAGUUCCGUAUUCUUAUAACCCCUAUCGGAACCCGUACCAGUCUCCCGUCAGUCCGUACUACGACUUCCCCGACCGACCACUAACGACCCGUGACUUUGAACGAAUUCUUCAAAUCCUCAUCUUCAGACACCAACAAGUUCAACACCAGCAAGCUCUUCGAUUCGGAGGUUAUUCUAAUCCUUACUUCGGAGGCCCAUCCUACGCACCACCGUUCAUCCCAGGGCAGUACUCAGGCGCAGGUGGUUUUCCUGCUCAGAUCCCUCGACCGCCAUUCUACAAUGCUCCCCCGACUGGUGCCGGAUACUUCGACCCUCGCUAUCAGAACCCUCUCUACAGCCCAUCAAACAGCAACCGACAGUACUCCGGUGCUCGCGAUCAACCUUCCAACGAGUACCAACAACAACCCCACCAGGAACCACAAUCAGCCUACGGUCAACGGAGGCGACAAUACGCCCCACGACUCCCUGAGCCCGACUACCAGGGAUCGUCCGGAGCGGCCGAUGCCUUCCAACCGGAGCUUCUCCCUCCAAACGUCCGAGAAGAGCUGCUCUACCGAAUGUUGAUGCUGGCAAUCCAGCCGGAUUCCGGAGCGCCCGGUGCAGUGCCUGGCGGAGGUGCUGGUCUACUGCCUGCCAACUUGAUCCCAUCCGGAUCGGUGCCACGACCGCAGACCACUUCGGCCACACCGAGCUACAGCAAGAAACCGGUGCGCAGCGUUCAGAUUCUGGGCGAGGAGUAG